CCCUCGUCUCGCAAGCUGUGGGAAAUCCGCUGUCGCGGCCUAGUGAUCCGCUGAACACGAUCGAGAUCGUCCUUUCACACGCGUGUCGAUCGACGCCCGAUCGGAUCGAGCUUUUUCUUCCAACUCCACUCUGUCUCGUCGUGAACGCGUGAACGCUCAUGCAUCAUGGACCACCAUCGCGUUUGGACUGGCCGGUACUUAUCCGCAAGGGGUGAUUCCCUGCAUCCGCAUCAAUCGUUUCGCGCAGCGGCGAUCCCCGCACAUAAGAAUCGAGCACUGGCAAGGCGCGCCUGAGCAAGGCAUCUACGCGCCUCGAUCGCCAUGAAGUCCCAAACUGCCCUUCCACUCCUUUACACGCUCUCCACGCUCGUUUGCGCCUCGCCUCGGCCUCGGCCUCCGCUCCUGCCUCGGCCGUGUCCGUCUCCCAGAGCGCAUGGGCGCAGCUUAACAAGACGGUCCAUGGACGACUGUACACGGCUGUUCCGUUCGCGCGGCCCUGUUUCAAGAACAGCACCCUUGCAGGCGCGUUUGAGACGGGCGAAUGCUCAGCUGUGCAGACCAACUAUCUCAGCGAGACAUCUCGGACUGCAGCGUUCUCCGCAUACAUGGCUGCAAGUCACCCCCGUCUCCCGCCCCCUAUUAUCAGCUGACUUCUGUGCAGACCCAGAAUGAAGGGUGCGCGUCGAUAGACCAGCAGUGUGUUUUGGACUGGCAGAAUGCGACCAACCCCGCUGCGUUCCAAGCACCCCAAAGAUGCUACCAGGGAAGCAUAGCUCCGUACUACAUCGACGUUCAGAGAGCCGCCGAUGUCAAAGCGGCUUUCAAGUUCUCAUCAGACUACGGAGUGCCGCUCGUGAUCAAGAAUACAGGCCAUGACUUCAACGGCAGGAGCAGCAAGAUUGGUUCAUUGGGACUCUGGUCACAUAACCUUAAAAGCAUGUCAUACUCGUCUAAAUUCAAGCCUCACGGAAGCUCUGGAGUCACUUACAGUGCAGUGACCAUUGGGGCCGGAGUUGAGGGCAUCGAGACCUAUCAGUUCGCUGAUCAACACGGAAUCACACUGCCGGGUGGGGCCUGCCCAACCGUCGGAUCUGCUGGAGGAUAUCUGCAGCUGGCUGUCCAACAUACAUGGCUUGCCGUCGACCGCGUACUCGAGUUCGAAGUCGUCACUCCCAAUGGACAGCAUCUGUUCGCCAAUGCGCACCAGAACCAGGAUCUCUACUUUGCUCUCCGCGGCGGAGGAGGCGGCACUUUCGGUUUUGUGAUGGCUGCUACCAUGAAAGCGCUUCCCAAAACGUCCUACGGCCGAGUUGGUUUACAAUGGGAACUCGACUACCCUCCCGAUGUUCUUGUCGUUUUUGAUCUCGAACGCGGUCCAAUGGUCCAAAGACGGCUGGAGUGGACAGAUACGAGUGAGUUGUUCCUCGUCAUCACAUGUUAUGUUAUUGAGCUAGUGUCAGCCUACGGCCAAGAUCGUACUUCCGCUACUAACGUCACGGUUGCCGAGGCCACUGCGUACAUGGCUCCCAUGGCAGCUCUUGCAAAGAAGCUUGGCGGCACUUUCUCCAUCGGGGCGACCAAGUCAUACCUCGACUUCCACAACACCUACAUUGUGCCUGAUACUGCGACCGAGUUGGAUGGACUGCCCCAGACUAUCAGCACACGACUAGUUCCGGCAGAGACAUUCAGCACGAAUGCUACUGCGCUUCUGGCCUCGAUCACGGCCAUGGUCCAGGCGCUCCCUGUGUCGUUCAUCUUCGCAAAUGCCCCGUACGGCUUUAAGCAGGACCCGGCGUUGGGCCCGACCAGCGUCACCCCGGCCUGGCGCAGCUCGAUCUGGCAUGUCGUCGGUGGAGCGGGGUGGGCCUACAACACACCGUCUUCGCUUCAGCGAGGAAUCUAUGCCAACCUGACGGGUGCCGUUGACCCUAUUCGUGCUAUCACACCUUCUGGCGGCGCGUACCAAAACGAAGCAGAUGUGCACGAAGCCAAUCACGAGGGUUUGUCUAUUUUGAUUUCGGCGUCCCCGCCCCCGCUGAUCGCAAGUGCAGAAUCGUUCUGGGGAAGGGACAACUACGCGAAGCUGCUGGCGAUCAAAAACAAGUACGACCCCGAUCAUCUGCUCGACUGUUGGCAUUGUGUCGGGUGGAAGGGUGUUUCUGAUUCCCAGUACCGCUGUUAUGUCUAAUCUAUCUGGUGGCUGCGGAGUUUGCGAGCAAACCGUGGCAUGCGUAAUCUUAUUUUAGUCCUCUAUGUACGUAAUUAAAACCAGGGCUUCUCCCUUCAAAGUUAUACACGAGGAUUGGACUGGGCUGGACUCGCUGCGGCAAUCUCCUACUCGCAUCAAAUAGACUGCAUUACGCACCGCCACGUGGGCACCUGGAAUGUCACUUUGCACUCUGCUCCGUUCAUCACCGUCGACUUCAGACAAACGGAAUUUCUCAUCAAUGCCUCGCUCACCGUGCACGAACGUUGCAUAUUCAGGGUCCAUGACAUGCCCGAGCCCCCCGAUCACAUCUCCAAACUCGCACUGACUCAGCAUCACUUCCAAGACACAUGAGUCAAGACACAAAUGACUUCUGCAGUCCGUCGUAAUCAGAGAACAAUGAGUUCCAUCUCUCUGGAUCAUCAUCGCGCAAAACUUGACUUGAUGCGGGCUUCGAUCUUACGAGAUGAUGGCUCUGUUCCGUCCCAUCGGCCUGCUUCGUGGUCCCCCGCGACGCAUGUAUGUCACCCCACGACCGCGCGGGGAAAAGCGCGAACAGAGGCAUGGGCCCACUCGUGAUCGUUGUGCCUUCCAAAGUAGGCAAUCUGGCCACCGUGUGGCACCGUACAGCCACGGGUCUCCAGUGACAAUCCACUUCGAAUGCAUCAAGUUCGGAUUCGGACAUGAACUGUCGCGUUGAAUUGAUCAUCUUAUCAUCGACCAACGGCUGGAUCUCUGGGCACCACCGAUCGUGCCGGGGCCCUCGCGGGGUUGUUUCCUGUUAUAUGUGCACUGGGAUCUACACCCCAUCCGGACCAAGGCGCCUUCUCUUUCUUUCCGCUGCCCCUCUCCAUGUCUGCACCGCCUACCCCGCUCUCGUCCCUGCCGCUCGGCGUCAAUGUCGCGCCGGCGGUCGACGCGAUGUUCUUGGGCAUCAUGCUCUCAGUGCUACUCUGGGGCAUCACGCUCUCGCAGACUUUGACGUACUUCAACAUCAACAAGGAUGGCUGGAUGCUGCGGGCGUUGGUCGGCAUUCUAUUCUUGAUGGACAGCGUCAGCUCGAUAAUGUUGAUCGUCAUGGCCCGCAUUUAUCUUCUCGAGAACUUUGGGAAUCUUGAGAUUUUGACCACACUGCCCUGGCCUGGCAUCUGUGAAGUUGCGCUAAAUGUUGCCAUCGUAUUCAUUGUCGAGCUGUUCUUUGCGAGGAGACUGUAUCUCUUGAACCAGCGCAGGACUUUGGUUCCUGGACUUAUCGUGCUUUUCUCUCUGGCCGGACUCGGUGAGCUCUCACAAUCACAUGGCAGGGACGCGAUUCACUGACGCGUGUUUUUUAGUCUGUGGGAUACGUGCGUUAUCUGGUUGCGGCUUGAACAUCUUCUAACUCCAUGAUUUAGUUCUGGUGAUCAACGUGUCCAAAACACCCACUGUGGCGGGGCUAGCGAAGCCAAGCAUGAAGGUCGAAACAGCACUAUGCAACACUUUUGAGGCGGUGGCUGAUCUCAUCGCCGCGCUCGGCAUGUCCUACGAGUUCUACCGCAACAAGAGCCACAUCAAAUCGACCAAUUCCAUCCUCGAUCGCCUGCUCGGGUACACCGUUGCUCGGGGAGGACUGAUGACCGUCGCCCAGUUCCUCACACUCGCUCUUUACGUCGCCCAGCCCACCAAACUGAACUGGAUGCCGGUGCACUUCAGCCUCAGCAAGCUGUGCCACAUCACCAUGAUGGUCAUCCUCAACGGACGGGAAUCACUCCGCAGGGACGGCGGAUCCACGAACGAAACCCACGUGUUCACGGAGACGAUCGUGUCGACGCGUCCGGGGGGUGUGCCCAACGAGUACCAGCUCAAGUCCCUGCCGGGCGACGGUAUCGCCAGCAUCCGUGUGCACCAGGAGCGCGUCACCGAGUACGACGACGGAUACCUGUCGUCUAAGGCGUGAGUGAGUGGAGUAGAGUGGCAAUUUGUAUGGACGUUUGUGCUUUUUAUCUUUAAGUAUACCGGAUCGGUAACUUAUGCUACUUUCAUUAUAUACAUGGGAGUAGAAAAUGGAAUUAUUUGUACUCUCAUCAGCCCAGCCAGACUCGAUGUGGCUUCCUGGAGGAGUCGACAAGUUGAUAACUGCUGGUUCUUGGUCGCACAGGCACUGUGAGCCACAAAUGGUCCGCACUGGGUCAUCUUUGAAUAGACAAAAACAAGUCCAUC